CCAGCUGUUCAUAGUAGGAAAGAGAGCUGUCAAAGAUCUGGCAGGUCUGAAGAAAGCAUUGGACGAUGUCUGCAGGAUGAGGGAGGUUCCCCAGUACACGUUCCAUAAAGAUCCCGCGACUAAGCAGUUGCUAGCUUCUAAAUCAGCAAUAGGAAAGUUAACAAAGAAGGAAUCAACUUCGGCGGUGGAACAGCAACAGCAAAAUCAUAAGACAGUGCAGCAACAACGAGAGCAGGAGAUAAAGGAGCAACAACCAUUAUAUGCACAAGCCCUCGUGCAGUCCAAAUUCAGAAGGGAACCUGACAUCCCAAUGAAGACAUCAGCGGAUACCAGUGACUGCUUUGGGACAAGUCUUGCUCUCUUGCCAGGGGGCAGGCUGCUAUUGAUUGAUCGCGACAAUACAUCAGUGAAGAUGGUGGACACGAAUUCCAAUAAGUUGGUGUCCCAGAUAAAACUGUCGAGUUGGCCGUGGGAUCUGUGUCUCCUACCCGGAGACAAGGCAGCCGUUACCCUGCCUAUGGAGGGGGACAUUCAGUUUGUAUCAACUAAGGGAGAAGUAACACUACAGGGCAUUAUUAAAGUAGGUGUACAAUGUCGUGGAAUAGAUUUCUGUGAUGACAACCUGAUAGUGUCCUUUAUCGCUCAAGGUAAGGUUGUAUUGAUGGACGUUAACGGAACGUUUAGGAAGAGUGUGGACAAAGACCGCAAUGGAACACCUUUGUUUCAUUGUCCAUAUUUUCUAACAGUGACCAGAGAUGGCCGGACCCCGGCAAUAUAUGUAUCAGACUCGGACACCAGCAUCAUAACCAAGCUCAGCAUCUCUCUAGAGGUCCUCCAGACCUUUAAGGACCCGUCUCUGACGGAACCUUAUGGCCUGUCUAUUGUUGGCGACAACCAGCUGCUCGUGUGCUGGAGGGAGAGUAACAACAUCGUGUUACUAGACACGUCCACCGGCAAGAUAACCCAACUGCUUGGAAAGGUGGAGGGAAUAGAGAGGCCAUAUAGUGUGGCUAAUUGCAAAACGCAGAAGAGGAUGUUUGUCACCUGCAGUCCCAAGGACAGACCUGAAUUGGAAAAUUACGUGCAAGUCUUUAACAUGGAAUAG